GACUAAAAGCGAAAUGAACUUCGAGACUUAAGCCAAAGUAUUUCAGGAAAAGAACAUAUGGUGGUGGUGGCAGCAUAGUGGUUUGGUUGCUUUGCUGCUUCCAGAUUCUAGAUGGUUUGCUAGUUAUAGAUCCCUCAGUUCUGCUCACUAGAAGAAAAUUCUGGAGAAUUUAUAGCCAUCAGUUUGUGAUCUUAAGCUCAAGUGCAUACGGUUAUAAAGGGUUACAAAGUUUUUUCAGAAGUAAAAUUAAAGUUUCAGAAAUCUUAAAUUAUGUUGGAAAAUAUCUUUGUUUGAUGUUGGCCAGAUUUGUCUCGGUAUCCAUUUUAAGCCGUUUCCAAAUCAUGAACUUUCAGAUACCAGCUUCGUUCCCAUCUGCUGCACAUGUUGUGUGCAGCUAUAUUUGUGCACUUCUUCCACGAAGAUACAAAGAAAUACAGAUAGAUAUUAUAGACAGUUGUUUACUGGAAUAAAAAAGAAAUUAAUUUGCAACAUUUUCCAAGAACAGUUUGAACAAAUCUACUCUCAGCCAGUCCUAAAAACACAGAGAAUAUUGACUUUUCAAAAAUUGGAUAUAUUUCCUAAAAAUAGUCUUUGAAAUUUUAUGAACAGCGAAAGCAAGGUCUUAAAAAAAAAACCCCGCUAAUCUCCACAAGGCACCUGUGAUUUCUGUACCAGGAAGGAAUGGCUAUAAUGUGAUGUGGGCGGGGUGUGAGAGCCUGAGAGUCCAAACUCUGGGCAGAAACAUCCCACGCUUCCCCCUCCACCUGCGCCCGGUUCAGCCAGGUUAAUGGAUAAACAAACUUCCUGCCUCCAAACUGACACCGAAACUUCUCCGGAAUACUGCCGCUGUGGUGACGAACCUGUUAAUGGGACUUUUUUACAAGAAAGUUAUUUUUUUUUCUCCAGUCAAUAGUUAUGUGUUAAUGUUUCUGAGUCAUAAACCCAACCAAACGGCGCUUAGCAUCAGCCUCGCUCACACGUUUCCCUCAGAGCUUCUUCAAACCGAAACAGAAGCAGAGCGGGGGGAUUUCCGUCUGAACAUGGACCGGUACCGGUACUUCAUAUUCAACCAGAGGAGUGUGCUCAUCCUGGGCAUCCUUCAGAUAGCCUGUGCGGGUCUCUGUGUCGUCUGCGGCUUAAUGGACGCUGCUUUCCGCAAGAACACCCCGCUGAGCACCAGCAGGACGCCGGUGUGGGGAGGACUGUUCAUGGCCUGUCCUGGUGUGCUGGCGCUGUUUGCAUCCCAGAGGAAGAACGCUGUGUUGGUCAGCUGCAUGGUGGUGGCUGCAGGACUUUCCUGUGCAGCUGCGGUCGUCAUCUUCGGCUACUCCUCUCUGACGCUGACCUAUGGGGAAGAGGACGAAGACGUCUUCCACCAACACAAAAGUGCCAAAGUGACAUUUGUUCUCCAUCGGCUGGUGAAAGGAGCCAAUGCCACCAUCAUCCUGACCUGCAUCAUCAGCCUGGUUCUGUCCUCCCUCAUUGGUUAUGUGGGUUUCCGGAGUCUUCCAUGCUGUGGCUGCUAUGAUUCCAGGACUGGACUGGAGACCCUGGUUCCUCAGAGUGACCCUGGAGACACUGAGUUGGUGUGUACUUGGCAAGCAGGUGGUGAUGACAAACUUUUCAACUCUCCUCAAACAUCUGUUGGAGUCACCAAAGAGGAAGAGGAGGCUCCCUCUAACCGUCCUCCUUACAGCAGACUGACCUGACCCAGAACCCUGACCAUCCAGCUGGUUUCCAUCACCACUCUAAGAUCAGUUUCAGUGCUCUAUCA